UAAUUGGAAAUAUUCCAAUUUAUCUUAUUAUAAAAGGGAUUGAUUUAGAUUCUGUUAGUUAUGAAAGUCUAGAUAUAAAGAAUAGCAUUAACAAUACCGUCAGUUCAAUUGGCAUUGAAGGAAUUGGA